GUCACUUCCGGUGCUGCCGGGGAAAGGAGGGGCUGGCGAAGGAGGAGGGCGUAGGCUGCGGUCGGUAGUCAAGGCGACGGGGAGGGACGGGGGCCGGAGAUUGGCGGGGGGUCGGGGCGGAGCCGGCGCCGGCAGGAGGGCCAAGCCCGGAAGCUCCCACCCCGGGCUCCCCUCUGUGGUGGCGGCUGAGGAGGAGGAAGAUGAUCUCCAGAUACACCCGGAAGUCGGCGCCGCAGAACCUGGAGCUGAAAGGAAUUGCCAAAAAUGCUCUCGAUCAUCAUCCCCUUCCAGAGCAGUUGGAUGAAAUUUCCCCCACUAAUGACAGCCAUGAAAAAGACUCAAGCUACCAGAGUGAAUCUGACAUCACACAAGAGUCACCUUUUACAUCAACUGACACUGGCAAUUCCAGGUCUGCCUUUCCGAGCUACACGGGUACAGGGAUCUCUACUGAAGGCAGCUCAGACUUCUCCUGGGGAUAUGGUGAACUUGACCGAAAUGCCACCGAAAAAGUGCAGUCGAUGUUCACAGUCAUCGAUGAGUUUUUGUAUGAACAAAGGUCAAGCAUCCAUACGAAGGGUCUGCAAGAAGAAUGCCAACAGUGGAUGUCUACCUUUCCUCACCUCAGGAUUCUGGGAAAGCAGAUAGUCCCUCCUUGUGAAGGUUAUGGAUUGUAUCCUAGGUCUCCAUCAGUUACUUCAGCCUCACAUGAAAUGACAUUGAACCAAGAAAGAGAGUCUUCUGUGUUUGGUAUAAGAGGUAAGAAGUUGCCAUUUUCCCUUUCUUAUGUCCAUAAAGAUGCUUCUCUCUCCAAGUCUCCAAGCUUAUGUUCCGUGGAAAGAGAAGAUGAAGAAGAGGGAGUGAUUGUCUCAGAAGGAAUAAUAGAAGAGUAUCUAGCGUUCGACACUACAGACAAGGAAGAUAGGUUACAUGGAAGAAAAUUAGGCCUGUCUUGUGAGAGGAAAAAAUUAGGGUAUCCUCCCAUUGCUCCAUUUCAUUGCAUGAAGGAGGAUGUUCUUGCCUAUGUGUUUGACAACGUGUGGAGCAAGAUGCUGGACUGCAUGGAGGAGCUGAUUCGGAGGCACUGGGAGGGAUCAGCUUCAGAUGAUGAGAGCAAUGCUUUGACAACAAGAUCUGAUUCUGAAAGCCCUUGUAUGCCGUGUGAACCUCAGCCGCUGGUGUUACCUCGAGUGCCACAGUCUAAGAUGCUUUCCAUUACGUCCAAUCCGAUGAGUCUCUGUCAAACAUCCAGUGGCAGUCACCAGCCAAAUAUGAAUGGUUUGUUGGUUCAUGGGAUGCCCUUGCAGCCAAGAAAUCUCUCUCUGAUGGACAAACUCCUAGAUUUAGAUGACAAGCUACUUAUGAGACCUGGAUCCAGUACCAUCCUUUCUAACCGAAAUUGGCCAAAUCGCACACUGGAGCUCAGUUCGUCAUCUUUAUCAUAUACGGUCCAGUCUGCCAGGAGGCGCAACCCGCCACCACGUACCCUUCAUCCAAUUGGCACAAGCCAUUCACGCUCAGGGACACCAAGACCCAUGGAUGAAAUCAUCAGAGGAACCCGACUCCCAACAGCAGCUGACUCCUUGUCUUCUCCUUCACCGAUGCCGCUGAGUCGAAAUAACCUGCUUCCCCCAAUUGGCACAGCUGAUGUGGAGCACUUGAGCAGCGUGGGAUCACAGCGGCAGACGAAAUCUCGCAGUGAUUCUAGCAGAGCUCGCAGUGCAGUGGUGGAUGAGCCUAACCAGCAGCCCCAGGAGAGGCUCCUUUUACCUGACUUUUUUUCCAGACCCAACACCACCCAGUCAUUUUUGGCAGAUACACAGUGUCGACGUUCUUGCACUGUUAUUGAUUAUCCUAAUCAGUCCCGGGCUGGAAGAGGGUCUGCAGGUACAGGUGUCCAGUUACAUGGACCUGCAAGAUCUCAAAGUCGAGGUGGACCAGUCACUAGAACCAGACAGGGACCAUAGGACAAACCAAAACUCAAACCAAAGGUCAGGUGGUUGUGAGCUCAUCUGAGAUGUUUGUGAAUCAGUGUUCAGUCAGCUUCGUGAUGCAGAACUUGUUUACAAGAAAAACUUGAAACCAUCUUUAUGAAGAGUUAUUUUUGUAUCUCCUACUGGGAAAAAAACAGCAGUGUAUGCCAAAGAUUGUGUGGACCACUUGUCUUCCCUCAGAGCAAAUUCAGCCAUUCUACUGGACAAAAGGCUCUUACUUACCUAAGAUGUACCUCCCCCAAUCAUUGCUUAUGUUGUCUGUAAAGCAGGAUUAUCAAUUACUGCAGGAUUCAAGAAGUAACUGCAGGUGCAUGAAAAGCAGCAGUUACUUUACUGCUAUAGCAUUAAGCAGUCAUGUUCCCCAGAACACUUCUGCUUGUAUUUAAACUCCUAAAGAUAAUUUGAUUUUCUUAAUUUCAAAUGAAAUCAUUACAGGGGCAGUGUUGUCAGAAGGCUGAACUGCCACUCAAAUGAAAAUCCUUCCUAGAGUGAAAUCCAAAAUUAGGCAGACUGAUCCUCAAGGAAGAGAGAUACUUACUGGGGAUAAAACUGACAGUAAUAAAGACCACCUGGAAAACAUGAUGAA